GUCGUGUGCUGCUGCUGUUGUUGAUUCUGGGCAAAGGGUGGCAAUGCGGGCGGGGGACUAUACUGUGGGCCAGUUGUUGGCAGCUGCGCCUGCUGCUGCUGCGGCUGCAACUGCUGACCUGGUGGUCCCUUCCCUUGUCCUGGCGGCCCGCUUGGCCACUGCUGGAAGUGCGGUUUUCCACCGCCUUUUACGUACAUUUCCGAUUUCGCCGUAGCUGCUAUCGGACCACAAUUACGUCUGGAUGUGGUCCAUAGUCCCGUCCGGGUGUGGGUGAUCGAGAUCGAUCACCUCGCAACGCUUUGAUGUAAGGACCGGGGACCAACGAGACCAUUCUUUGCUUCUUGUUCUUCAAAAAAUACUUACACUCUUUCUCUCUUCAAAAAAAGCCCAAAACCAUGGGCCCCACACGAUGUGGGGACGGCAAUUUUCAGCCAUCAUAUAAUUAAAACAUCAUUAGAUCCAAACAGUGAUAAAAAAUGCAUCAAGCAAAAUGAAAACUUUGGGUCGUGUGCGUCAAGCAAAAUGGGUCGUGUGCUUUUCUGUAGGAUACGAGCUGGCUUACAAGCAGUCGCAUUCGACCGUUUUACUCGAUGCUCAGGAGAUGACAGAUCCGAAAGUGGCCAUCAACAAUCUAUGGAAACCCACUGAAGCAAAUGGUAUUAUCUUCAUGCACUAGAAAAUUUAUCUUUCCUUCCUUACCCUGGCGAUUCAGCACGACUGGACGACCUUGGUUGUAUCUACUAGUGCAGAUGAUUUUUUACGUUCGCUGUACUUGGUGUCUUUAUUUAAGUAUUUAUUAAGCUUAUUUUAAUUUAUUAAAAUUAGAAGGAGUUUUUUCGUUUCCUAAUUCGGUGAUGGCUGCUCGGUUUUCCGGGCGAAAGCGCUGCAGGAGUUCUGUCGAAUGAAAAUCGACGGAAGUUCGAUUCUAUUAAAAGAAUUCGUCCUACUGCUUGCGAAACGUUUUCAUUGGCACGCUGGGAUCAACAAAAAACAAAAACCACAGGAAUUGAGGCGACGACGAACAAGCUGCUCGGCGACGACAACGUGUUACGCAUUGCAAAUAUGUCUGGGUCUGGAAGAAUGCGUACUUGUGAUGCGCAUUUCACAACACACAAAAAUCUCUCAUACCUAGGCAGGAAAAGUUGCCCAGAGUGUGCGAUCUGUCAUGCGGAUUAGGCAUUGCGGACGCUCCUUCUCAAAACCUGUGAUGCAGCUAGGGCUCUCAUUCCGGACCUUCUGUGUCAUGCGAAAACAGCAUGACAAAAAUCUGCGUUCUCCUUCCUGACCCAGACAGAAUUGCAUUUGAUACUUGCUAAAGUACGACGAUCUAGCGAAAUUCAAAACGGCCAGUGACGGCUAUCCUGCAAAAAAAAACGUCCCAGCCUAAAGUCAAGUAGAUGGGAAUUUGACUGCACAAACGCCCAUGAGAUUUUCUGUGUUGUGCAUGACAGCUUUGGCGGCGUAGUGUAGUUGUAAAAAUCGAGUUUAGUUGCAAAUGUAAUCGCGUCACAUCAAAUUGAUCGCCUCAUGAUCCUGGUACAGGUUCUUGUUCUUCUAGCUUUGCAUACAUAAAUUUCCACGCACCAGUGGACAAUCAAUGCUACCACGAAACAAAUGGAUGCGCAUGAAAAUAAAGAACAUUUUAGGCUUAGGCACGCAGAUUCGCAUGAGAAGCGUGAGGUGGGGACGUGGUUGCACAGGAGGACGCCGAAAUCACUUACCAGGAGUGGGAGGCGGGAGGCGGGAUUUUCGCGCCCAAAGGGGGUGCGUAUCGUAAGGAAAAAUCCCCCCUCCCCAUAUUGAAAAGGUAUGUUUCCGAAAAUUUGCGUUGCUGAUUUGAGGUCACAAAUCGCAUCUGCCUUGCAAGGAAGAAGACAAGGGCAGCAGCUUCCCCCCUAUUAUGGAAGCGGUUUCUCAUGCUGUGAAGCCUAAAGAGGACCCGUUUGCCAUGCUGAACAACUAGACCCAUACGCCCCUACCUCGCCUGGGGAUCUGGCCGCAAUGCCUUCCUGCAAUACAGAGUUGAUUUGUGUACACAAGUCCAGCAUCAGAAACUCCGUUUUGAUAUGGGGAGGGGGGGUUUUUCCUUUCGAUAGUGCGGAAAAGAACGGCCCCCCAGAACUCGACGAGGAUGUGUUCGAGAUGUUAGCUGGAAAGGACGGUAUCAAAAUGAAAAAUCCCCCCUCCCUAUAUCAAAACGGAAAUUUGUGAUGCUGAUUUGUGGCCACAAAUCAGCUUUGUGAUGCUAGAAGGCAAGAGAUGCGGACAGUAGUGCUGUCGAGCGUGGGAAAGCCUUGCAGCUCCAGGAUGACAGGAGGCAACUGGAAGUGGGAAACAGCAUGACAGAUUACCUGCAAUAUAGGCCGCAGCUUCGUCUCUUGGCCUUCUAGCAAUACAAGUUGAUUUGUGUACUCAAAUACAGCAUCACAAAUUCGCGCAUCUUCCGUUUCCGAUAUGGGGUGGGGGCUUUUUUCACUUUGAUAGACGGCGUGCUGAAACGAGAGGACUUCGAAUCUGGCGGAGCCGCAUACAACCUGGGAGAUCCGAAAAACCACCACCAGAUUACCAGGGAAGUGUACGACCAAAUCCGUUGGGAAGCAGAGGCCAUGGACCUAUCCUGUGUAAAACCGUACUUGUUAUGUUAUCCAUCUUUUCCGACAGAACUUGUCAUGCAUACUUGCUGCAUGCCCAGAACGUCACUCAUGCGGCUUCGCUGUAGGGGUGGCAACAUGUUCUCGCCGUGAUUAGAAAAAAUCCGUCGCACACUAAAAAUCAGGAUAAGCAAGAACAGGGUCGUCCUCUGUGGUGCAACGGGCCUAGCUACGCGCGAAUGCAUGCACAUGACCACCAAGCUCGUGAGUCUCAAAGAUUAUCGACCUUUCUUGCAGAGCGAGAGUGCCCACCUUGCCUGUGGGAUUGUGUGGGUUGUGCUAUCGGUUUUUUUGCUAAGGAUAGGACCACGAUGGCGAUUCAGACGUGUUGUCUGUGAACGAUCUGUUUUAUCAAGUGCAAACAUGUUUAUUUUUGGGCCUGGAAAAAAUUAUUUCUCUACGCAAUUUAUUUCGGAUGAUCGGGUGCACGCAGGAGGCCUACAAGCUUUUACAUAGAGCAUUGUACUAGCAAGGUCUGCAAUGAGGACCUCUCGAUGCCUAAGUAGCCCGCGUGAGAAAAAGUGGCCUUCUUCGAAUGAUAAGAAGCGCACAUCUGUUUCUACUCUGGACCAGCGUCACACGCUUUGCAUCUCUCCAAACGAACCACACAUAUUUGCAACGGUGCAUAUUUUUCCGACACAAGACCAAUCUGACGGGCAGGCCGGCGCGUAUCAACUGCAAAUUUGCUGGGUCUGGGAGGUUGCGAGGCUUGUCAUGCUAGUCUCGCAUGACUCUGAACUCUGUAUUGCGUGGCCGCGAGGAGCUCCUCUUGCCUGUCAUGCAAAAAUGGAGUUUCUCAUGCGGAAUACGCAAGCCAGAACCACGGAAAAAAUUGUCAUGCUUGGAAGCGCAUUGCAGUGUGCUAUAGUAAUGCCUUCCUUGCAUCACAAGUUUCCAGACCCAGACAUAUUUGCAAUCCAUAGCGCUCGCACCCAGACGAUGUCCAUCAACGAGUGGCACGGGCGUAUUGCGAGGAAAAAUUCCCCCUCUCCAUACUAAAAAGAGAUACUCCUGAAAAUUUGCGAUGCUGAUUUGUAGCCAAAAAUAGUCUCUGUAUUGCACGAAGGCAACGCCAGAGACUCCGCUGCGCUGUGCACGCAGUUUGUAAUGCUGUACCGCCUACAGAAGAUAUGCCUGUCUUGCUAGGCGCCUACACCAAAACGCCCCUACUCAGGCUGUGCACCUGUCUGCAGUCCUCUACUGCAAGACAGAUUUGUGUACACAAAUCCCGCGUCACAGAUUUCCAUUAAUUUUGAUAUGGGGAGGGGAGAUCUUUCAUUUUGAUAGGCCGCCCGUCCGACUUCUACGCGCUAGCGGGCAGCACAGAGCUAUCCUGUGUAGAAACGUCUCCAACUACCCAGAGCCAAGGUCGUGCUGGUAAAUUUUCUACACAAAUCAGCAAGGUUAUUACGCGAUGCAAUCUGUUGUCACGCAACGGGCGUGGGAACCCUAGAAUGAGAAGAACAUUUCCAUUUUCACCAAACGAUGAUGAAAAAAGAUUUGCUACAAACACGAAGAAACAUGCUGCUCCUACCAUAACAAACUCCAAUGUAAGAUUAGAAAACGCCCCUCACGCGGCAGCGGAUGACACACAUUUUAGGAAUACCAAAUUGCAUGACCCAUUUUGGGUGGGGACGUUUUUACACAGAAUAGGAGCCGGCUGACCAACUCGAGCGGGACGACUUCAAGAAGGCGAACAUCGACGGUAUACCAGGCGUAUCCACUGCAAAUAUUUCUGGGUCUGAAUAUUUUGCGUUGCUGCGAUUGGCUUGGCGGCGUGGCGACUCGUACGGCAUGACAGCAUGAGAAGUUUAUUACCGCCCGUGGCAGCCGCGCAUCAUUGAUGUAGAUUCAUUAUCUAUCAUUUUCAUUCUUCUUCGCGCAUCACAGAUCUUGUCCUACCUCGCAUCUUGUGUCGCAAAUCCAGACCCAAAAAUAUUUGCAAUUCAUAAGGAGUGACCCGGGACGAGAUCUUCAUAAAGAGCCUGUACUAUUGACGAUUUGUUUUGAAGAAUGAUGAAUUUUUGCUUUAAUAAACUUCUUGUCGCGACACCCACAUCGAUCACGCAACACAGUGGUGUUUGUGUUGCCAGACAUGCAAGAAAUGGGAGUUUCUUCCAUGUUUUCCCUCGGAAAACGCGCAUUGCAGCUGUACUGAGUUCUUGAUACAACUUUCAUCUCGAUUUUCUUCCUUCGCUAGAGCAUUUUUGUCUUCGAUCUGUGCAAAUAAUAAAUCAAUUCACAGCAUGGAGGGUGGGUUCGACACGAACCGCGCGAUCGCGGAUUCGGCCAAUGGUCAGGAGACGCUCUCGUGGAACGAUUUCAAGGAUGCUGGACUUGUCGAUAGCGGCAACAAAGUUACCCUGAAAUCGUGGACGGACCAUGGGGGCACGCCCGAACAGUUUCACGCGCUUGCCGGAACAGAACAAUCGGAAAAUGUGUUGACGGAAGGCGGGUUCCACAAGCUGAGCACCGACGGCGGGGGUGCGACGGGGAGUCCGAACGUGCUAGACUCCAAGGAGCUUGAGAGAAUCUUCAACACCAACGAGGGUGACGGCUGGGCCGGGGAUGCAGCAAAAGAAUCCGGGGAUCACGAGCAGCUCGACUUCCAUGACUUGCAGAAAUACGUGGAGAAGCAUGACGAUGAUAAUCAUCCGUACAAUGCGAAUCACCCGCACACGAAGGUCACUUGGAGGGAAGCAAAACGCGCAGGCAUGCCUUUGAACCUCUGGAACCAACUGCGCGUAUCAAAUGCAAAAAUAUCUGGGUCUGGAAUGUUGCCGGGUUUGUCAUCAUGCAUAUUUUGCAUGACCCAGGAUAUCUGUAAUGCGCGACCUAGCAUCACAGAUCUUUAGAGGGCUUCCUGAUGUCUACUCCGCAUGACAAAAGCCCUCUCCGCGUAGCACAAACGAGACUCCUCUUGGUGGUCAUGCAAUACGGAAUCGACCAGAACAUGCUGCCACUCUAACGAGUCCUCACCUCGGGUCCGACCCGCGUUAGAGCUUGACCCAAUCCCCCCGAGGUCAUGCCCAGAGGCAUCGGUCGUAAAGGGGGUGACUGUGGUCGAGGGGUAAAAAAGGUCAUGCAAUACAGAUUUUUUUAGAGUCCAAAGUUAGUUAGCAUCACAAGUUCCAGCCUUCCAGACCCAGACACUUUUGCAUUUGAUAGCACGGUCACAACGACGAAAUCACCGCGGGCGACUUCACCAGAUUAGCGGACAACCCGCAGCUAUCGCAAAAAAAACUGUUUCACUGUGAACUUGUGACGCAGAAAAUGGAACACAGAACUAUUUGCUACACCUGCAACACAUUGGAUUUUCAAGCGUGAUUUCCCUUGGGAAGCGCGCAUGACAGACUUUCAGUGUCAUGUGUAACAAGCUUGUGAUGCAGAUCUAGCAAAAUCAUCACAGUGAAACAGUUUUUUCGUGGGAUAGCAGCUGGACGAACACAAGUUUCCGGGCGUCGACAGCGAUCACACAUCGUUGUCCGAAUGGGAGCGCGACCGUCUCGACAACGCCGGUUGGGAUCAAAAACCGGAACCCAACGAUCCUGCGAACCAGCUACCAAACCACGACUCGCCAGUAACAACGCGAAAAGCGGUCCGCCUUACGAGCAAAUCAGUGAAAAAACGUUUGCAGUAGCAAAAAAGUUCUUCGUGACGAGUUGUGGACGUAAUUACUUAUGCCCGCAUCGAUGAACAUUUUUGCAGCACACUUCAGCAAUACACAAAAAAUCCAUUACAGCUUGGCAAGCAUUUGCAUUCUACAUCGGGGCCUCCCUGCAUAAAAAUUAUAAUCGCCAUCAUACAUUGGAUGUUGAUUCCUACAACGAUGAGUACAGAAUCCAGAUCAAAUUUCGUGCAGAACGAGAACAAAACUUUUCCAGUUGCGACAAGGUAUAUCGUUUAGCGCAAACAUUUUUUCCCGACCCCGAGGGCGGAACGCCUUUCACCGUGAUAGCCAGAGGCUGAUCUUCUAUCACACAGAAAAAAAGCUUGCGCAUCGCGUUUGUUGUACCAAUAGCAAUACUACAUAGAAAUGAAAAAGAAGCAUCCAGAAAAGCCCACCGCGCAGCGGGUGGUAAGUAGCACCGCUCUAGUAUGCUGAGCUCCGAAGUCCUUGCAUUCGUUUCUGCAUGAUGCAUCAAAUGCGGUGUACUAGCGUCUUUCUAUCUCAUAGGUUCCGCACCAAGCUGUCCCGAAUGACAAUGGUGGUGGUAGUGGUGGUGGUGGUGGUGGUCUGAUAACACCAACAAACCUUGCGAUCGCGGGUGUAUCAACCGGAGCGCUUGGGUUUGUUGGCUACAGAGCGUUCGCCGGAGGAGGACCUAUCCUGAGUAAAAACGGGACCCACGCACGAUACUUAGUGAACAAGAUGAGAAUUACUUAUUUGGUCAAAACUUUUGCGAGUCACGCAUUAAUACGCGGAGUGUACGAGAACCCUGAAUGAUGCCUAGCUAGUCCAGACGCAUCACAAAUCCAGUGCAACACUCUGGCUAGCACAUGGCAGAUUUUUGUUCCAAGAAACAAUUCUAGCGAAAUCCUCGCCGCAUGAAAAACAUCCUCCGGAUGCACAUUUGCAUGGCGAGUCUGGCGUGGGCACGUUUUGACUCAGGAUAUGAUGCGAACGUAUCAAAUGCAAAAAUGUCUGGGUCUGGAAGAAUGCGCGAUUUGUCAUGCAUAUUUCUCAUGACCCAUGAUGCCUGUAAUGCAGGACCUGGCAUCGCAGACUUUUGGAGGGCUUCCUGAUGCACCUUCUGCAUGAGAAAUGCCCUGUCCGUGUAGCACAAAUUGUACCCCUCUUGCUGGUCAUGCGAAUACAAAUUUUUUUAGAGUCCAAAAACAGCAUGACAACUUGCAAUCUUCCAGACCCAGACACUUUUGCAGUUGAUAGAGCGAUCCCGGGCGCGAUACGUGGAGUCGAGCGACUCGGGUGAAGAUAGCUCCCAAGCUAUUACAAUGAAAAAUGCUCCUCCCCAUAUCAAAACGGAAAUCUGUGAUGCAGAUUUGUGGUCACAAAUCAGCUUUGUGAUGCUAGAAGGCAAAGGAUGCGGACUGUAGUGCGUUCUAGCGUGGGAAAGCCUUGCAGAUCCAGGAUGACAGGAGGCAACUGGAAGUGGGAAACAGCAUGACAGAUUGCCUGCAAUUUAGGCCGCAGCUUCGUCUCUUGGCCUUCUAGCAAUACAGUUGAUUUGUGUACUCAAUACAGAAUCACAAAUUCCCGCAUCUUCCGUUUCCGAUAUGGGGUGGAGACUUUUUUUACUUUGAUACAAGCGCCUGUGCAGCCGCAGCAUGAACCUGUCGUUUCACCUCUCUACCCACCGUCCCCUCCGGUCGCCGCUCCAAAGACGGAAACCCAAGUCGAGGUACACGUCACGAAGGGGAAGAAGAAGCAUCGAAGCAAGUCAAAAAGGGGCAAGAAGAGCCGAUCAAGGAACGACGAUAAUGACGGCUACGGCAGCGAGUUGGAAUCUUUUUUGCAAACCAAACACCAGGAAGAUCCGAGUCCCACAACUGGAACUGCGGGAGUUUUUCCUCCCGGUCCCGCCGAAGUGGAGACGUUGACGCCGCGUAGUACCCAUGCAGAGGGCGGAAAGGAGCAGGCCUCUCUUACGACUUCCUCUACAACGCGAGGGUCCGAAGUAGAACUGGCGCUGGACGACGGCACCUCCGAGGUUGGGCGGUGGCGGAAGCAGGUGCUGCCGCCCACGACUUCUUCUACGAGCACUGCUAGUGCUACGAAAACGAUGUUGACGAAGCAGAACGAGGCUGGCUCUCCUAAUUUGCAUCCUGACGACUCGGACGACGAGAUUUUUGUGCGGGAACAAGAAAACCAGCAGGAACAUCAGCAGCAAAGCGAGAGGUGGGUGGUGGACAACGAGGACUCUUCGAUGAAUCCCAAAACCACGCCGGAGGUCUUCGCAGAGCAGCGAUCCGCAAAUGGAAAUGAACGGCCGCACUCUCGAAGUACUAUUGCGACACCUGCGACCAUCAGCGUUUUGGCGAGGGGACGAGAGAAGCCGACACGAGGACUGGUUGAGGGAUUAAACCAGUACGACGCGCCGUUUGAGACAACUGCUCGCGCCAGUGACGAUGAAGCACCCAGAACCGACACCGUCGAGACCACCAGCGGUAGAAAUUCUCGUCAGGCUAGUGGUAAGCCGCGCCUCUCGUUCGAGCAACGCGAAGACCGCCGCAAGGCCGCGUUGCGCGGCACUCUGCGAGCCCCCGCGCAGCAGCGGAAUGCUGAAGACAUGACGAGCCUUCCGGCGUCAGUUGUGGGUGACGUAGUUGGCAACGACCGGAACGAGUUCAAACGAACAUCGACGGACGAGCAGCAGGAAAAUGAUCAAGUCGCGCUUCAGGGCGAACAAGCGGCAAAACCGAAACCUCUCGUCCGCGAUCGCGGAUUCUCCCCCAACCUGCGAGGCGCUGUCGCGCCCCAGCCCGAGCGGACGGUGCUCGAAGACGACAAGAACUUGUCAAAAUGAAAAAUCCCCCCUCCCUAUAUCAAAACGAAACUUCUGACGCUGGAUUUGUGUACACAAUUGCAGGAAGGCAUUGCGGCCAGAUCCCCAGGCUAGGCAGGGGCGUAUGGGUCUAGUUGUUCAGCAUGGCAAACGGCUCCCCUUUAGGCCCAACAGCAUGGCAAAUCGCUUCCACAAUGGGGCGAAAGCCCCUGCCGUUGUCUUCUUGCAAGACAAAUAUGAUUUGCGCGAAAUCAGCAGCGCAAAUUUUCGAAGUCAUGCCUUUUCAAUAUGGGGAAGGGGGAUUUUUCCUUUUGAUAGAGCUCUGCGGUGGUCUAUGACGCACCUGGAUCCAUCAGCUCCUGGCUACUCGGGCAGAGCGACGAGCACGGACACGCCGACGGUCCUUCCGAGGGUACUGUAUUUUUCCGAGUGGGUAUCGCAAGAAAAAAGUUCGUCACGAUCACUCAUGGGGAUGGGCAUUUUUGCAAUACAAAAAAUGCCUGUCAUGCGUAAAAAUGCAUCACAGCCAAACUUCAUACGGGAUUUCCCUUAGGGGUUCUGCAAUACAAGGAAAAGUUGUGAUGUUAUUUGUAAUGCAAAACCUCCAAGAUAGUGACUGUGACAAACUUUUUUCUCUCCAUAGUAGGAGAAGAAAAUGGGGAUGGGCCGCGGGCGGGGCAAGGUGAAAAAGCGAACAGACAGGAACAUCCGGCGGAUCACCUGCACAAGAGCUUCAGACGAGGUAUCCUCUGUAAAAAUGUGAUGUUCACUCCAGUUUUUCCACACUAAUCUGGCAUGUAAUGCCGCAAGUCUCUCUCUCCUGAUGCGGCUCCCCACGAACAGCAUUUUCUAGCUGUAUUGAGGAUUUAUUGUCUUGUUGAAUUCUCAACAUCGUGAGAGACUGUUAAAUGGGGACGUCGUUUUUACAUGGGAUACAAGCUGCAACCACGAAUACCACUGGCCGCGGCCAGGAGACGGUAAAAAUGGAUUCUGCGUUGGAUUUGCUUUCAUCUACGUCUUCCCUGGCUCCGUCCUUCAGAAGCGAUAUUGUACAGGAAAAAGCUAGCAUAUUAUAUUUGUACAGGAAUGUGAAGGUAGUCGUGUACUUACACAAAUAAAGGAUCUGUUUUGUGUACCACUGCAGGCAGUAUGCUAUGGGCUGGUCCUUGACAAAACCAAAUCUUGAUUUUCGUACUGUAUGCAUUUUUGCAUUGGAACAGUCGUUGUUAGAAAAUGAUGUUCCGUGCUAGCUUUUCUCUGUGUCAUAAACGAGCUGGGCUGGUCCGUGGUGUUUCUUUUCUUCUCCGUCCUCAUGGUUGGAGCCAUGUUCCUUUUUCUCGCACGGCUACCCAAAAAAAAAACUGUGUCGACUGUCACGUUGCGUUCAUCUUGCAGACGGUGCAAUGCACUGACUUACAGUCGUCAUGCGUUUCCGAUUAUAUGCAUGGCAUCCAUUCUACUAUUCGACAUGUAACUUGCCCUGGUGGUAUGAGGAAUUUAUUGUCGUCCAGAAAAGUUAUUGCAUCAACAGCAGCACGCAGGAGCACACAUUUCCUAUGUUGAUAACGGCAAACGCGGCGUCUGGUGCCACCACGGGAGGGUCUGCGUUUGAUCGGCCAGAAUGGGCGACAAGGGGCCCACGACCAGACUGCUCUUCCGCCACUGCAGGGGCCAGAAGCAAGACAACCCUCAUCGGCGGAGGAUGUUGAAAGCCGCAGUCUGGGCGAACGCACCACUGCGGAGGGAACGACGCCAGGCACGACAAUGGAGUCGUGAGGUUCCUCGUGGGGAGAUGCAGCCGCCGUUUCAGACUUUGCAUACCUAAUUUUUCGUUAAUGCAUUUAUGUAUGUAUGAGGUGAAACAGACGUUGCAGACUUUUGAAAAAAUUGACUUAGCAAUUAAGAACUUGUUCUGUCUUCGAUUAAAAACUACAGCACGUAGUAGUUUUUAUUUCAUGGCGUAUUUGGCAGCAAUGCCCAAGAGUCGUGAUUAUACUUACCGCAUUUACUAGAUGAAGCACGCGUUCCAAAAAUUCCUGGAGCAACACUCUAUUCUUUGUUUUACUUUUACACUGUCACAACUGAAAAAUAAUCGAUAGCGGUCACGCAACCUGCUCUACCGGUGAACAAUGUAGUACUAGAAACAAUACAAAUUAGUUAGUCAAAAAUAUUUACGACGUUAGGAUAUGAAUGAAUCUUGACAAGGACCAUGCUUUUCGUAUUCAAAAAAGACCCGUAAGUUGUGCCCCUUUAGAUUCCGGCGAAUAAAUUGACGCGAUCCUUAUUUGUUCAUGUAAUUUUCCCUGUAAGAAGAAUUCGCACGCGCCGAAGACAAAGCAGGAGAACCCCUGAUGGUGCCCUGGUAAAAUUCAUUGUAAUAUCCGAGAAAAGAAAAAGGCCGCCGCUACCUACCACUCCAGAAUGCGUUUAUCUGCUAUGCGAAAAGAGAAAAAAUGCACCAUUCCAAUUACUGUCUGUACCUGGAAACGUUGAUUUGUCAUGCAUACAAGAUUACUUCACGUGAGUUUUGCAUGAGGACAGUCAUGGAAGAUUUUUUUACGCGUAGUAGUGGUCUUCUCUUUCUUUGUUGCAUAGGCUACGAACUGAUGAUUGCACAACCACUUUGAUGAACCGAAUCAAAAGCCGACCCGGCAGUCCUCGCAGUUAUAAGCUAAUACGAGAAUUUUUCCUGAGAGUAGAUCUUCAGAAAAACAAAAAUCGUUUGAAACUCUCUGUAUCGAUAUUCUUCCAGCAGACAGCAGCGUCUAAAUUAUUUUCACGUUUUGGAGCUCGUAUUUGAAACUUUCCUGCGGAUAUUAGCACAUUGAGGCUAAAAAGGAUGUUGAUUCCUAGUACAAGUGUAAAAUGUAAUCCCCGCGAAAAAGCUAGCACACCAUAUUUGUAGAUUCUGAAACGAAAUGGAAGUAGACAAAGAAAUUUGUGUUGCAUAUUGCCCUGAAGAAACACCGUUGCUCUUGUAUACAGUUGAGCCCAUCAUGAGAGGUUUCUUUGUUUAUACUUAAUGGCCACUCUAUACGCUAUAUGCAUGGUGUGCUAGCUUCUUCUGUAGUGUCAUACGGGGUAUAUGAAGAAAACCUCAGAAAUUAAUAACGUGCCCUGCACUGUACACCAGUUUUGAGUUUCACUUCUGCGGUGCAAAGACUAGAGACCUGCUGGCUCCUCUUUCCGUAUCAAAAUGGGGUAAAGUCCCAUCUUUCCAGGUUCAAAAGGGGAUGGGGGUGUGUACUUUAUGUGCGCAUUUCAUUCUGAUCCGAACUGCAUAAAAUGUUCGCAUCGAGGGCUUUUUGUUGCAUUUUGUCGCGGACGAAUUCUGUUAGUGUUUCUCGGCCACAGCAGCGGCGUCUGUCGUGCCUGGCAGCGAGGAAGAUUUGAUUCGCUUCACAGACUUAGUAAGUCCGCCCAAGGAUGUUGAAAAAGUAGAUCUAAAUGCCCGAUUGCAACACUCAAACAAUGUGAUUUGUGUGCGCAGCAUUUCUACACAAAUUCUGCUUUGAGCAUGGGAAGGAGGGACUUUUCAUUUUGACACCCUGACAGUUGACCUCGAGCGAACUGCUUGAAGCGGCACCAGAAACCGCUGGACCUGCACCGAGGUCACGUUCCGCACAGAACGCGAAACCACCUCAGGUCCACUUCUGUCAAACGAAGAUGAGAAUGAAAACGAAGUAGAAACUAGAAAUCCAUUCGAGGAGAAUGUGUAUAUUCAAGAUGCACCGCGCUAAUAUAGAUAAACAAGCUAUCCGGCACUGUCAAAUGUGGUCUGCAUAUGGUGAUGAAUACCACCAAAGCGCCAAAGCGGGAGCAUCAUUGCGGAUGGACGCAGAAGCAUUUUUUCGGCUUCGUUGUACAAAGAACACUGGACGGCGCUGCUGCAAACUCGGUGAGAAGUGGCAUAAAAAAAUCGUGAGAACAAAAGCUGCUCCUUCACCUCGUCUCAGCCCGAUGAAUUAUUUGCAUGUCUGAGGUUUAUUCUUGCAGUACUUCAUCUUCGUGAGUGCAACAAAAGGUGAAAAAUAUGCGGAGUCGGUCAG